AUGUCGACACCAUAUGAGAUCCGCACCAACGACAAUGGCAAGACUAAGAAGCAGUCAAUGGCCGAACUCAAGCUGAGACGGUUGACGGAGCUGAACCAGAGGCUGCAGGAGGAUCUGAACCGCAGGAGAAUACCUGUUUCUGAGGCUGCGAUGGACUUGAUAGCAUUUACGGACAAAGAGCCAAAGGAUUUCAUGGUACCAAGCCGCUGGGGUACCAUCGACAAACGCGAAGACCCAUAUGCACCUCAACAAUCGAAUGGCUGCUGCUCCGUAAUGUAG